AUGCCUCGCGCGGUCAAAGGUCUGCUCAUCGAGUGUGACCCUUCGAUCAAAUCGAUGAUUCUCAAGUACGAUGAGGAGAGCCACGAUUAUAUUGUAGAGGACCUCGAUGAUGAGAACCACCUGGUUAUCAAAGAAAGCCAGCUGCAGAAGUUGAAAUACCUCCUGGACCGUGUACGUCCACUGAUGAGAUCAGCUAUCCUGCUCUUCCGUUACGGCCUCGGCCACUCUGGCUUCACCCUGCCCCUGCAGAAUACUAAUAUCUGGCAGGACCUUGAUGAGAAGAUCAUGCAGCUCGAUGAAUCGGAAUCUGAGUAA